AUGGGUCAGAAAUUCGAACAGAGCCCCUCGCACAGACGAAUUGCUGCACUUUCACUUAAACGCCGGGCUUCCGCACCUUCGUCCCUCAAGGCGCUUCCCAAUAUUUCAGUAACGGCCAAAGAACACAUCGAAAUUAUUGAAUGCUUGGAGAGGCUGUACGAUGAUGACAUCAAAACCCUCACGAACAAAAUCAACAAACUAUCCGGCGACCUUCAAUCGGCAACAGAGGACAACAGUCAUUUGAAGAGGGCCUUGACCGCGAUAAAAGUCUCCUUCGACGAUAGGUGCCGGGAUUUCGUGAGAAUGAAAGAGGAAGUGCAAAACCAACACAGGAAGAACUGCAAUUUACACCAAGAGGUCCUCGAUUCCAACGCGCACCGAGAGGAGCUUCAAGAAGUCAAUAGGGUGGUUUUACGCCGAGUGCGCGAUUAUAAGGAAAUAUUAGCUUGUCUAUGCCAAAAGAACGGGCUCGACAUCAACGAGAUAAUCAGAUCCAGGAACAGACCUCAGUGA